AUGCAAGGCGUGGUUGGAUGUUCGAUGGCCACAUGCACAGUCAGCAACUUAUUGUCCACGCAAAACGGGACCCUGUCCUAUUGUGAUGUUCCAGUAAGAGAUAAUUCCUUGGUUAUAGAGGUCGUCAGUGGUGUCUUCGGCGGUCUGGCUUUUGUAUUCGUCGUCCUACGGAUGUUCACACGCGUGAGCCCGUUCAAGGCCAGAUUUGGAUGGGAUGAUGGCCUGAUCCUUGCAGUGACAGUAUGCUUUGCCCAAUGUUCCCCUUGCCCUCCGACUAAUUGCACGAACCUUGGCUACGGAAGGGACAUAUACACCAUCCCACCAGACAAUAUCACGCCAAUUCUCAAGGUGAGCAUUAACUGUUCCUUGUUCCCCGGUUUACCCGUUGACACUUGGCAGUGGUUUUACGCCGGGGAAUCCAUGUAUGAUUUCUGUAUCUCGGUGACCAAGCUCUCGAUCCUAGCGUUCUACCUCCGAAUCUUUACCGACCGAACAUUUAAAAGGAUGACUUAUGGUUUGAUGGGUGUGUGCACUGCAUAUCUCUUCGCGACCAUCAUUGCCACGAUCUGGCAAUGCACGCCUGUUUCGUACGUUUGGACUAGCUGGACUGGUGAAACCGAAGGACAUUGCAUUGAUGUUUUUGUCUUGACCUGGAUCGCAUCGUCGAUCAACAUCCUUCUAGACGUUCUCAUCAUCCUGCUUCCGAUUCCCCACCUUCUGAAGUUGACGCUGUCACGAAAGAAGAAGUUUCAGAUCGUGUCCAUGUUCUGUGUUGGGUUGUUGUAA